GCAUAAGUUUCUCGAGGAAAAAGAAAAGAGGAAGCAGUCCCGCCCCCAGAAGAAGCUGGAGGUCGAGCAGAGAAGCAGAAGCAGCUCCACGGAUCUGUUUUAGCCCAAAACCUGAAGCUAAAGCUCGGUUAUUUUAGUCUUUACUUCGGCGGAGCGGCGGUGGACUCAGGGACUUUUGUGGCCAGGACUGUUAGGACAUGAGCUUUAGUUAGAGGAGUUCCAUUUUGUCGCUAAAGUCGUCCAUGCCGCGCUCCUCUGCUCACAUUCCGUGAAGAGGCGGAUCUACUUUACUUUGGAUUGUUGUGCUGCUGGGCGGUUGAUCGGAACAGGGCCGGACCAGAGGCAGGAUGAGUGCAGAAGAAGAACGAUUCAAACUGGUUGUGGUGGGUGGGGGCGGGGUGGGGAAGAGCGCCCUCACCAUCCAGUUCAUCCAGUCCUACUUUGUGUCAGACUACGACCCCACCAUCGAGGACUCCUACACCAAGAUCUGCACCGUUGGGGGGAAGGAGACCCGGCUGGACAUCCUGGAUACAGCAGGUCAGGAGGAGUUUGGAGCGAUGAGGGAGCAGUACAUGCGCUCAGGAGAAGGCUUUCUAUUGGUGUUUGCACUCAACGACCGGGGCAGCUACCACGAGGUGCAGAAGUUCCACACGCAGAUCCUGAGAGUGAAGGACCGGGAUGACUUCCCCAUGGUGCUGGUUGGAAACAAGGCGGACCUGGAGCAUCAGAGAGUGAUCUCCAGGGAGGAUGCCCAGGCGUUCACCAGAGAGAACAGGAUCCACUACAUGGAGGCUUCUGCCAAGAAUCGCCACAACGUGGAUGAAUGCUUCUUGGAGCUGGUACAAAUUAUCAGAAAGUUUCAGGAGAUGGAGAGUCCUCCCCCCCAAGCUCAUCACACAGGGAAAAAGAAGAGCGGGGACUGUCCCUGUGUCCUGCUCUGAGCACUGUUACUAUGGACACCAGAGCCCCGCCCCUCUACAACUUGUCCAAAGAAGAGAGAGAGAGUGUGAGUGUGUGUGUGUGCGUUUGUGCGUGCGUGCAUGUUGGGAGAGAAGGGGGGGAGAGAGAGUUAAGGUGCGUCCGAUUCUUACCAAAUGGUUUCAUUUGCACUUUUGUCAAAAGCAAGUUCUAUAUCAGUGUAAUCUUUUUGUAAUGAGUGGAUGUAAAGGGAUCAGUAGCAGGUUAGUAGUCAGUAGUAUAGUUAGUUUGGUGGAGAAACAGGAAGUCAGUACUGUGUUUUAAUUGUCACACAUGCAGACCGCACACAGUAAGAUUUAGACUGUACAUUUAACUUCUCCUGUGUGAGUAGCAGUGGGCUGCAGAGGCCCGGGGUUGGGGGGGCAGUGUGGGGGUUUGCUGCCCAGCUCCCAAGCCAAGUCCCUACAUACUGAGCAACUGCUGCUCCCCCAAUGCUUGCAAAAAGAAAAAAUCACAUUCACAAUAUGUUGUAGAAAUGACUGCUGUUAGGCAGUAGGAGAGUACAGCAGGGACAUCAUCAUCACAGCUACACAAACAACUAUUCCAAAACGGUGUCUUCAGUGUUAAAUAAUUGACAUGCCAAUGUAAUAUUUCAACUUGCUCAUGAAAGGAAAUCAAGGCCAAGCCACAACAUCCUUGAGCUGUCCGACCCAAAGCCUUCCUGUCUGUCUUCUUCUGCUGUUCCCUUUAGUGUUUACUUCCUGUCUGUCUUCUUCUGCUGUUCCCUUUAGUGUUUACUUCCUGUCUGUCUUCUGCUGUUCCCUUUAGUGUUUACUUCCUGUCUGUCUUCUGCUGUUCCCUUUAGUGUUUACUUCUUAGGUUCAUCUCAAUGUCCCUCCUCGACUCCUCUCUUCCCCUCCUCCGGGACUUGACCCGGAAAUCGAUCAAGACACGCCAUGUUGAAGGACGUCCCAAUACUUGAAAUGCACAGUUGAGGAGGGGUGAGGGAGGACGCUUCCAGAGGAGACGAAAGGGAGGAUACACGAGAGCAGCUGCACAGCCUCUGCUCACUGCAGCUGAUCUUACCGUUAAAGGAGGAUCAGAGUCAUUCAAUGUUUAAAGUGCUUCAUUAGGAGUAAAAUAUAUUAAAUCUCUUAAACGAAUGAGGAGAUCAUACUCUAUAAAAACAUUAAAGUGUGUGAAAUAUACUUACAAAUUCAAUAAUAAUGUUUUGAUUAUAAAAUAGUAACUUAGAGUUCUUACUUGUGGUUUUUUGAUGCAUGUGUGGAUAAAACCCACAGCACGUCAAACAUUUAGGAUAUAUACAAAUACAGGAAGCAUAACUAAUACAUAUGUGAGUGAUUUGUGUCUCGUCUGUAGGACAAAUGAAAUAACAACAUCCAAUACAAAAGUUGAUCUGAAACAAGCUCAAAUACCAUAAUGAGAUGAAUCCAUCAAUUAUUAUUAUAGUUAUGAUUAUAAUUAUAACUUAAAUGAAAUGUUAUACCUGGAAAAACAAAUACAGGACCGAAAAUAAUACAUAGAAAACUAUAAUAAAAGAGAUGAAUGGAAGAGAUGGACGAAAUCAUUUCAAUGAGAAACUGAAUCCCAGGUUUGAAGGGAUUGAUGUGAAGUCCAGUGCCAGGUGAUGCACUGCGCCACCAGAAGUAAAGGGCGUUGUUUAUAGAGACGCUGGAGUGAACGAGGACAUCCCAAUGAAUACCUGAGGACUCCUCUGUCCUCGCGUCUCUUCCUCGUGUCUCUCGCUCGCGUCUUACGGAGGCGGAGCUAAGACGCAAGGAAGGGACGCGAGUGAGGGAAAGGAGGAGGUGAAAUAUUCAAUUGAGAUGAGCCUCUUGUCUGUCUUCUUCUGCUGUUCCCUUUAGUGUUUACUUCCUGUUUGUCUUCUUCUGCUGUUCCCUUUAGUGUUUACUUCGGUCUUCUGCUGAUUUCUCUGUCUUUCAACUUCUUCCUUCUCUUCUUAAGUUUCCUUUUUUCACUGGGUACAGUUAGCCAUCAAGGAUCCAAAGUUGUGUGCUAUCUGCAAAUAUAACACUGAAUUUUCAAAAAGUAUUCCACAGUGUCUCUGAUGAAGUAUCAUAAAUGAAUGUGUUUUUUUCACUCCUGCUGAUGUUAAAUUGAUCUAAAUUCUUUCUGCUGUUGAUGUGACUGCACAUUAGGGCGUCCAUAGCAACACUCUAUCAACAAACAGCAGGCUGCUGAAUGUCCAAAUUGAACAACCAGAUUUGAGUAUUCAACGAAGCUGUGAAAAAAACCAAAGAUAAUCCUUUCAACUGCAUCUCAUGGUCUUCACGUGUUCUCAGUGUUAUUUGUUGGCAGGUGUUAUCAUGUCACUGACGUUUCUUACCUAGCUUACAUGAUACAUGACAACUAAGCCAUCUCCAUGACAACUGAGCAAGCAUUAUUCACCAAUGAUAACUCUGUUUUUAAUCUCACAGAAGCCUAAAUGCUGCCCAGCCCCACAUAGCAUUUCAUCAGAAACAUAAACCAGUCCAGGUGUGCUUGUUGGUGGUCCAGUCUUUUGUCAUUUGGCAGUCUUACUCUACAGACGUGAGAAAUCCUUCUUCCGACCCCGAACUGUGCAGUAGCCCCAUCCCACCACUGGAGGUCACUAUUUCAGCCAAGGGAAGAGCAGCCACCCCCCACCCCCUUCAUAAACGCACUCAGACAAGGCCUGUUAGUCUUAGUACAGUAUAUUAUUAUUGUUGGAGCUCACUUCAGGCCAGAGGUGUAGGGACUGAAUGUCCAGAGUUAAGCCCCCCGUGCUCAGAUAUGUAUUAUUUUAUUAGUAGUGGGUCCAAUUCACAUCUUUAAGGACCUUACUGCUCUUUAUUUGAAAGAAAAAAUAUAAACACAAUGAUGCACACCAAGAAAAAUACUUUGUCAAGUUUACUUGAAAAGAGAAAAAAAUCCCUCACAGUGUAGCCAAAUAUCUGCGUUCUUAUUUGUCAUGUGUAGUGCUUUGGGCAGUUUUGUUUUACUUAUUUUCAUAUUAAUAUCUAUCGUACAACCUGCAAUUCAAACCACUUUGUUUUUAUUAUUGAAAAAAAAGUGAAAUGUAUUUUAUACAUCAUUAAAACAUUUAUCCUAAGAUUUA